AUGGAUACAUCCACCAUGUUAUCGAUGUUCAAGCAAGUCUUGGAAGAACAGAGGAACGCCACAUCAUCAAUGAUGACAUCUAUGAUUUCGUCGAUUAUGAAGGAGCAAAGAGAAGCCACAUCAUCAAUGAUGAAAGAGCAGAAAGACAUUAUGGCGAAGAUCAUCGAUCGCGUUCCACAGCCUGGUCAAGCAGGUACCAAACCGGAAGAGUCAGUGGCCCUCCCCAACGUUAUGGCAGCCUUGAGCAACCGCAUUGAGAAGUUCGUCUUCGACCCUGAUGCUGACAUGAGCUUUUCGAAAUGGUUCUCAAGAUAUAAGGAGGUUUUCUCUGAGGAUGCCAAGCAGCUCACUGAAGUUAACAAGGUGAGGCUACUUUGUGAGAAACUAGAUUCCAUAACGUUUGAGAAGUAUCAGAGGCACGUGCUGCCUAAGGAUGUUUCUCAAAUCGGAUUCGACGAGACGAUACAAGCAUUGAAGCAGCUAUUCGAUUACAAGACUUCAUUGUUCACCACAAGAUAUCAGUGCCUCAAGCUAGAGAAGAGCGAUGCCGAAGACUAUCUCACAUGGAAUCAAAUGUCUCCUAUGGAUUUUGGCCUGAAGUCACAGCAAGAAGCAGAGAUCAGGCAAAGACUGAUUGCGAUACUUGAUAGAGAGCACAAGGCCGGAAGAAGCGUAUCGCUGCACGAGUUACAUCAAGAAUGCGAGAACUUCUUGAGUCUUAGAAGAGAUAGUGAAAUUGUUGCAGGAAGUACGAAAAUUGUUGAUGCAACAACCGUACAGAAGCGGAAUGAAAUCGAAUGCUGGAACUGCGGAGGCAACCACUAUGCCCGUCUGUGCAAGUCCAAGCCUUGGUUCUGCAAAAAGUGCAGAAAAACUGGCCAUAAGGAGAAAUUUUGUGACAUUCUACGACAGAAGAAGCCAGACGGUCAAGAAGAAAAUAUGAAGAAAAUGCGAAACAGUAACCGCGAAGGCAAUGGGCGAAGGAAGGCUCCACGAAGACAAGUUCGAACAGUUGAGAUUGCGAACGCUGUGCUUGAAGCGAACUUAAACAACUACGACGUCAAAUUUUUACUGGAUACAGGAUCCGACAUCACGCUGUUGAACGAGAAGACGUGGAAGAAGAUGGGAUCCCCAGUACUGGAAAGGACAAAUGUUGUUGUGAAGAAUGCCAGUGGAGAACAUAUGAAGAUCAACGGAAAGUUGAGAUGCAAGAUCAAAAUGAAGGGCGUCGAAACUGAAGGAUAUGCCUAUGUGACGCCAUACAACUCGCUCAUGGGUCUGGAAUGGAUACGAGCGAAUGUGGAGAUGAGGUAUCACUUGGAAAUGAUGACAGCAGAACCGUCGGAAGAAACGCUGAAUGUGAUUCUUCAAGCAUACCGAACAACUCCGAACGAUAAUUUGAACAAUAGGACACCAGCAGAAGUGUUUCUAGGAAGAAAACUUCGCACACGGCUGAGUCUACUACUUCCGAUAGAAAAUUCACCCACGCCACCGUCUGAAGUAAACCGGAAGAAAAUGAUAGAACAGUUCAACAGAAGAAACAAUGCUGUCCCGAAGGAAUUCGAAGUUGGCGAAGCAGUUUACGCUCAGAUAUGGAAAGCGCCACAGUUUAUAUGGAAAGAAGGCAUUAUCAUCAGGCGAAUCGGCAAAGUUAACUACGAAGUCGACCUGAAUGGAAGGGUAGCGAAGAAGCACGCAAAUCAGUUACGCCGUCGUAAUGCGAAGGCACCCUACAGUUAUGAAGACAAGUCGUUGCUGACUCUAAUCGAGACGCUCGAAUUGGACGACGUGUGGAAGCGACGUGAAGAGACUACACGACCUACGGACGCGGCUGCUCCAGAACGACAAACCCAAGCCGAUGUGCCACUGCGACGCUCGAAGAGGAUAAGAAGACCGGUACACAGAUAUCCAGAUACAUUGCGUUAG